AUGUUCAAAAAGCUUUUUGGUGGUUCAGAAAAGCCUGCUCCUCCUCCUCCCCCUCAACCUAAGAAGUUCAAUGAAAUGAGUAAGGAAGAAAUGAGGGAAGUAUAAAAGGAAUUCAGAAAAAAAAUUAACACAGAAGUAAGAGAAGUUGAUAAGCAGAUUUUUAGAAUCGAUAUGGCUAGUAAGAAGGCUGAAGAAGACUUAAAAAGAGAAAUAAAGAAAGGAGAUAAAGCUGACAAAUUCGUUAAAUAAACAUAUGCUAAGUAAGUUUUACAAUGCAGAACCCAAAAGCAAAGAUAUAUGGCAAACAAGGCUAAGGUUUAGGGUCUCUAAUAUACUCUAGAUAACUUCUUUGCUGAUAUUAAACUAGCUUAAACCAUGUAAAAUACUGCUGGCAUCAUGAAAGCUAUUAACUAAUGCAUCAACAUCAAGGAAUUGCAAGUUUCUAUGGCAGAAAUGCAGAAAGAAAUGGCUAAGAUGGGUAUCAUUCAAGAAAUGAUGGAUGAUGCUAUGGAAGCUGUUAACGAUGAUGUAGAGUUUGAUAAUGAGUAAGAAAUUGAUAGUUUAAUUGAUCAAAUGGAAAAAGGUUUAAAAGAACCAAAAUAAAAUCAAUUCAACCAAAACUUAAAUCAAAAUAUUUAAUAAAAUCAUGCACAAGAAGAAGAUGACUUCGAUGCUCAACUAGCUGCACUUAAAAAUUGA